CCGGCAGCGUGGGCUGCGGUGCCUGAGACCCGGGGAUGGCGGCAGUGGCUUCGCGGGCGGCCGGGAUUCUGCGGCUCCGAGCUGCGGGAGCAGAGCGGCGGUGGUGCGGACCGCGCUGCGCUGGGCUGGUGCAAGGCUUCCUGCAACCCGGAGGCGAGGACGCGGCCCAGAAGCGGCGGGUGGCCCACUUCACUUUCCAGCCGGACCCGGAGUCCCUGCAGUAUGGGCAAACUCAGAAAAUGAACCUCUUUCAGUCAAUAACAAGUGCCUUGGAUAACUCAUUGGCCAAAGACCCUACUGCAGUAAUAUUUGGUGAAGAUGUUGCCUUUGGUGGAGUCUUCCGAUGCACUGUUGGUUUGCGAGACAAAUAUGGAAAAGAUAGAGUGUUCAACACCCCGUUGUGUGAACAAGGAAUUGUUGGAUUUGGGAUUGGAAUCGCAGUCACUGGUGCUACGGCCAUUGCGGAAAUCCAGUUUGCCGACUAUAUUUUCCCUGCCUUUGAUCAGAUUGUCAACGAAGCUGCCAAGUACCGUUAUCGCUCUGGGGAUCUUUUCAACUGUGGGAGCCUCACCAUCCGGGCCCCAUGGGGCUGUGUAGGCCACGGGGCCCUCUACCAUUCUCAGAGUCCUGAAGCCUUUUUUGCCCACUGCCCAGGAAUCAAGGUGGUUAUACCCAGAAGCCCUUUCCAGGCCAAGGGACUUCUAUUGUCAUGCAUAGAAGAUAAAAAUCCAUGUAUAUUUUUUGAACCUAAAAUACUUUACAGGGCAGCAGUGGAACAGGUCCCAGUAGAACCCUACAAGAUUCCUCUGUCUCAGGCUGAAGUCAUCCAGGAGGGCAGUGAUGUGACUCUGGUUGCCUGGGGCACUCAGGUUCAUGUCAUCCGGGAGGUGGCUUCCAUGGCACAAGAAAAGCUUGGAGUGUCUUGUGAAAUCAUUGAUCUGCGGACGAUUGUGCCUUGGGAUAUGGAUACAGUUUGCAAGUCUGUGGUCAAAACCGGACGACUGCUGAUCAGCCACGAGGCUCCCUUGACAGGCGGCUUUGCCUCUGAGAUCAGUUCCACAGUCCAGUGCAAACAUGUAAUAGAUGACUUCCUGGAAAAAGCCAAGCUCACAUUCUUGAGUCAGGAGCAGUGCUGUUUGACAACAAUCAAGUUUGCUGUUGAAGAAUGUUUCUUGAACUUAGAGGCUCCAAUAUCAAGAGUGUGUGGAUAUGACACCCCGUUUCCUCACAUUUUUGAGCCGUUUUAUAUCCCAGACAAAUGGAAGUGCUACGAUGCCCUACGGAAGAUGAUCAACUAUUGACCACAGAGAUCAGUGUCUUGCCCAGUCUUCAUCAGAGAUGCUUCCUCCAGCAGCAGAUGGGAACAAAUACAGAGAUUCACAGCAGACAGCGAGAGACAUCAGAACUCUCAGUCCUAAACAGGAUGUUUCCGUCAAAUCCCUCUCCUCAGGGCUCAGGGAACCCUGUGGAAGAGAUGGCUGAAAGAAUGUAAGAUGGAGCAUGGAUGAAGGGCACCAGGGAAACAAGGCCUUCUCUAUACAGCAGGAUUGAUGCACAUAUGAACUCUCAGAGACUGUGGCAGCAUGCACAGAGUCAGCAUGGGUCUGUUCCAGAUGGGGUCCUUGAGCCAAAAGAAGUGGACACAAGCCCCCAGCCCUAACCCAGAAGUUAUCUCCAAUUGACAACUACUUGCAAAUGAGACAAUUAGUAUUCUAUAAGGGAGUUGCAGCAGGGAAACAAACUACUCUUAAGGGUAGGCCCCUCGCCCAGCGGUAGAUGCCAACAGAAAACUAACUCAACCCCUUUGGAGGUUCUUUGCCUUAUAUUGUUGUGUCAGGAUUUUUUUCCUUUUAUAAUCCUUACAGAUUCUUCACAUAUAUAUUAUGGCUUCCAGUUUUGUGUUUCUAUGGGAUUCCUGUAUAUAUGAACAUUUGUGUGUCUGUGUCUGUGUGUUUCUUAUGCUUGUUCUUUGGCCCUUUUCCUUCUGUUUUGUUCUAUUCUAAUUGGGUUUUGUUUUGUUUUAUCUUAUAUUUUAUUAUUGUCACUUAGAUGUCAAUUUUCUAAUGAGAUCCCUAAAGGGAGUAUAUCUGGGGAAUUGGGGAGGAACUGGAAGGAACUGCAGGAGGGGACACCAUAAUUAGAAUAUAUUGUGUGAAAAAAAAACAUUUUCAAUGAAAUAAAAACAAUCACAAAUAUAAUUGAAACCAA